AUGAUGAAGCUAAUUGCGUUGUCGCUCAUCAUCGGCCAUGGGUUUUGCUUCUAUCUUCCUGGUCUUGCGCCCGUAAAUUUUUGCGAGAAAGACAAAGAAACGAGUCAUUGCAAGUCUCAAGUCAAGCUGAUGGUAAACCGACUGGAUUCAAAGCUCAACACCAUUCCUUACGAAUAUCAUCACUUUGACUUCUGCUUGGGACCGGAAGACGAAAGUCCCGUGGAAAAUUUAGGCCAGGUCUUGACCGGGGAACGAAUUCGUCCAUCGCAGUAUGAGGUAGGCACUGAAACUUUCUACUUCUCAGAUUUGUGCUCGAGUGAAAAGGCCUAUUUCGGAUUAGUAUUUUCGUAGAA